CGUCACGACAAGAAGACUUCCCGUCACGUUGUUUGUUUCGGUUCGUUGUCAUGUGAUCGCUCGUUUUGUGUUUUAAUUUGUGUUGCAUUGCGGACUUGCUUUCAUUUUCCAAGAACAAUGAAGUGGACAGCUGCUGCUACUGUUUUGCUGCUGUUCAGCUGCUGUCAAGGGCAGAAGAAUACGACGACCCCGACGCCGCUCGUGAUAUGGCAUGGAAUGGGAGAUACUUGUUGCUUCCCCUUCAGUAUGGGACGUAUCAAAGAAAUGGUUGAAGACAGAAUACCGGGCAUCUAUGUGCAUUCCCUUAUGAUUGGUGAAAACAUAGUUGCUGAUGAAGAACAUGGAUACUUUGGAAAUGUGAAUGGGCAAGUUGAAACGGUUUGUCAGAAAUUGGCCAGUGAUCCUCAGCUGCAGAGUGGCUAUCAUGGGAUGGGCUUCUCCCAAGGAAGUCAGUUUUUGCGUGCAGUGGCUGAACGUUGCCCAAACCCACCUAUGAAGAAUUUGAUCACUUUUGGUGGCCAACAUCAAGGUGUCUAUGGCCUUCCUAGCUGUCCAGCGGAACCCAGGCAGUCCCGUAUGUGUGAAUAUAUACGUCGUUUACUCCAUUUCGCUUCAUAUAAUUACCUCAUUCAGCAUAAGCUAGUUCAGGCACAGUAUUGGCAUGAUCCCCUAAAAGAGGACAUCUAUCGAGAUAAGUCUAUCUUCUUGGCUGACAUCAAUAACGAUAAGGAGAUUAAUGACUCCUACAGAACCAAUCUGAAGAAGCUGGAGAAUUUUGUGAUGGUGAAGUUUGUGGAUGACUCCAUGGUGGUUCCUAUUGAAAGCGAGUGGUUUGGAUUUUAUUCACCUGGCCAAGAUGUUCAGGUUUUGCCACUACAACAAACUCAGCUCUACAUUGAGGACCGUCUUGGACUAAAGGAGAUGGAUGAAGCUGGGAAACUGCAUUUCCUAAGUGUCAAUGGUGACCAUUUGCAGUUUGAGGACAAGUGGUUCUUGGAAGAAAUUGUGGAUAAAUUUGUGGCUUAGGAAGCUUGGAUGGAUUUAUUGUUGUGAUGUUUACUACAGUACGUAUUAAGUCUUCUAAAAAUGUGCAAGUUAAUGAAGAAACUGCUGAAAAUACUCGUUACAAGACUUGAAGAUUUUUAAACAUUCUUAUAAACAAAUAACUUUGUUUUGUGCAGACAUCUAUGAUUAGUACAUAUUUUUGUAAAGACUAAUAAAUCCAGUUUUAAUACUUU